CAAAUCAUCAAAAGGUGAAGCACAAAUAAUUUUGGUUCCUAAGAUUAGUUUUAGCAAAAUGAGCACCUGUCCAGGGUUAUAUUUUGAUAUUGGCAAGAAGGCCAAAGAUGUUCUUCACAAUGACUAUGCACAUCCAUCACCAAUUCAUUUUCACUACCAAUUCAUGGACUAUAAUGUAGACCUCUCUUGUCAAGUAGACGAAAUUGUACCUGGAUUCAGAAGCCUUCUCAAAUGCACCUUACCGGAUUCUGGGAAGGUGGAAUUACAACACGUGACUAACUACACUGGCAUUACCGGAUGCAUUGGAUUAGAAGGAAACAUAGAAAAAGGAUAUGAUCCUGUUGUAAACUUGUCGGGCCUUGUAGGAACUAACAUUGUGUCCCUUGGAGCCAAUGUUGCUUUUGACUUACCAACAAGAACAAUCAACAAGCUGAAUGCUGGCUUAGGCCUCAACACCGACUUCCUUGUUGCUUCCUUGACCAUGCAUGACAGGUUUGACAUUGUUAAAGCCUCCUGCUAUCAUGAAGUGAACCCCCUGACCAAGACUGCCAUUGCAGCAGAGCUUAAGCAUAGCUUGUCAAUGGGGGAAACAGGUGUCACCAUUGGUGCUCAGCAUGCAUUUUUUCCGGAAACGUUGGUAAAGGCUCGAUUUAACAACUAUGGCAAGGCAGGUGCUCUUAUUCAACAAGGGUUAUGGGAGAGAUGUUUCGUAACUUUAGCUGGAGAAGUGGAUUUUAAGACCUCAGAUAAUAAUUUGCAUCCCAAGAUUGGAGUCUCUGUGGCUUUAAGACCUUAGUCAAUGCCAAUGAAAUAAGCUUUCAUCUCCAGUUAAGAGGUUGUUGGAUGUAAAGAGACAUUUAAGAGAUGGCACAAACUGGAUGAAACUUCUCAAUUUUCGCCAUCCAUUUUCUUCAAUAUUCAGCAACAGUAUGAGUACCAUGUCUAGUUCUUCUACUCAUACACAAUUUUUAUAAAUAAAAUUAUUAUAGGGCUAGUGAAUAGUGAUAGACAUUUAUUUAUCAUUUUUACCUGUUUAAGUUUAAAUUGACUCCUGUUUAUUCAUAUAGAAGUCGAGUCUCUGAAACAAAUAGCCCCAGAAUUACUCUCUUUUCUUGUAUCGUAUGAGAUGGUAGUUGUCAUGUUACUUCUGUUUUUACUUCGUUGUAAAUGACUUAUUAUUCGUAAAGGGGAAAGCAGUUUAAUAUUUUCUUAGAAAAAUAUGAGCAUUGCAAUAC